CUCUUGCAGGUCUCGACCAUGGGGUGCGAGGCGGCCACGGUGGAGGAGCAGCGGCGGCUACCCACCAGUAGCGGGUCCUGCGGCAGGCUCUUCUGGGUGGCGCGCUCCCAAAAUAACUUGGGCAAUCUUUGGCGGAAUUUGGAAAGGCGAUUAAGCUUUUAGGCGCUUGUGAAGGAGAUGUGAUGGAAAAGGUGUUUUCUGAAGUUGGUUCUAAGUCAGAGAUGUUGUCAAUAAAGUUGCAAAGAGAGGCAGACAAUCUUCUCUUUAACUUUGAAGAACCAUUGAAAGAUUAUGUGCGUGCUGUACAAUCUAUAAAAGCCACCAUGAUGGAUCGAGCCAAUGCUUUCAGGCAACACUUUGAUUUGGAUCAGGAGAGGAAGUAUAAAGAGCUUAACCUUGAAAAAUUGAAGUUCAUGAACCCUGAGAAAUAUGCCGAAGCAGAAUUUGAGUUUAGAGAGAAAAGAAGGCAGCAGCACGAGCACAUUCCAAAAAUCUGUCCACCUUCUAUGGAAGGUUACUUGAGGAAACAGAGGAUGAGCUCUCUGAGUGGAUAAAAACAAGCCAUGUGUUUGCUUCGUUGCCUCACCCGCCACACAGCCUGGCCUUGCUGCAAUUGAUGUGCCCCCGCAGACGAUUGUGAUGACGGCAAUCGUCCCUGAACGCAUUUCUGUUUCUUCGUUGUUGGAGGUUGUCUUGGGUGACUUGCUCAACCUCAAUAACAAUCUCAAAUCGCUUUUUGGUGCAGAAAAUCCAGUUUUAGUGUCUGCAGCAGAACAAAUUUUUGGUGCUGGUGGAAAGAGAUUAAGACCAGCAUUAGUUUUUCUGGUGUCCAGAGCAACUGCUGAAAUAGCUGCUUUGUCGGAGCUAACUACAGAACAUCAGCACUUGGCAGAGAUCAUAGAGAUGAUUCAUACUGCAAGUUUGAUACAUGAUGAUGUCAUAGACGAUAGUGGGAUGCGAGGAGG